CGCCGAUGACUUCACGCGGGAACCCGGGACCCGGACCGGGAUCGGGCCCCGCAGCGGGGCCGCGCCCGAUGCUCCUGCCCCAGCACCGGCGGAGCAGCCUCCCACGGGUGUGUUGUAACCGCGGGGGCAGGAGCAGCCCGGCGGGUGCCCGCGGUACCGGCUGAGCCGGCACCGGUGACCGUCCCAGCGCGGGAGUGGAGGAUCCCCGGUGGAUGAUCACUGCGGAGCGCAGGCGGGGAACGGGAACGGGUCAGAGACACCGUGGAGAGAGGCAGUUCCUGAGGCACCGAGGGGCCUCAAGUGGGAUGUGGCCACCCCGGCUCCCGGCUGCCCCGUUCUCCACCGCGUCUCUAACAGCAGACAUCACACCUCCUCUGCUGCCAGAAACAGUCACCCCGCGUUCAUCUUCAUCCCCAGUGUCACAACGUGUGACUAAAGCAGCAUCAGCAGCGCCAAGGGGAGGCACCGGGGCGGCCUCUGGUGAGAGCGGGUGGCCUUGCUCCAGGGGACAGGUCAGCGGUGGCCCGUGUGAUGUUGUCACCAGGCUGGAGCACAAGCCUGGGACAGCCACUGCGCAGGGGACAGACACGAUCUGAGACCUGCCCGUCUCAGGGAGAGCAUCUCACACUUGGCAGCACCACUGGGGAAAGACUCCACGGAAAACAGUUACCGCAAGCUUAAACUCUCUGCCCAGCUCCCUGGGGAUGGGUGCAUCACGCUGGCCUCUCACCCUGGGGCUCCCUCCCCUGCUACGCGGCCACUUCAGCCUCAUUCCUGGAGCCACGGAGUGCGGAUGGGCCGUGUCAUUCCUGAGCUGCGCCCAAACCCAGCAUCAGUGCUGAUUUUCCCUGUGGUGACGUUAAAUCUUACGGGCUUGGAGCAGGACAGACACGCCACGCUGAGUCACUUGGCAGGGACAAACUGCUUCAACCAUUCACCUCGGCAGGGGCUUAGCCAAGGCCAGAAUGAAGUCACUGAUAGGAGAGAACCAGUGGCAUCUCCCGUUCAUCCCAGACGGGAUGCUGCCGGGAUGAGGCAGCACCAGCACUACCUGCAAAUCCCCAAACGCACCGAAUUUCCCUAUUGGAAACCCGCAUUGCCGAGUGUCUGCGCUCCCCCCUCCAGCGCGGAGCUUUGGAAGCGUGGGUGUAGGGACGAGACCGCAACGGGCACCGGCUCCUCCGCGGCCACACACAGGUUGGGCCAGGGGACACGGCGCUGAAGCUGCGAGAGGGCGACAAGGACUGCCUCGCUGCCCGCUCCAAGUGCUACCUGCGGCUGGGGGACACGGAGAGUUCCCUGAAAGACGCCGAAGCUUCUCUCCAAAAUGACAAAACGUUCUCCAAGGUAACGAGCAUGAAGCGGGAAGAGGCCACGGAGCACUCUGAGGGGCUGGGAGCCAGCGUUGGGCACACACAGGUCGCUCCACGCACAGCCCCACCAGUGCUAUUGCUUCCAGAGAAGUGGAGGUGCUUGGUCAGCAACUGAGAACGAGUUCCAGGGACUGUAUCAAAAAGCUGAGACGCUGUACGCCAUGGGUGACUUCGAGUUCGCGUUAGUGUUUUACCAUCGAGGCUACAGGCUGCGUCCAGAGCUGCACAAGUUCAAGCUGGGGAUCGAGAAAUCCCAGGAAGCCAUCGUCAACUGCGUCGGAGCUCCAUCCUCAGUUAAACUGGAGAAUACAGGGAAUCUGUGCUUUAUAAGCAAACAGGCAGAGUGCAAACAGGCAAAUCAGAAAGUCCAAAUCAAACCGACUAGGAAUCAAAAAUGGACAAAGAACCAGAAGCCUGUGAGGAACCCAAAGACAGAGCGAGAGCUGCUUGGAGAGCUCUAUGCUGACAAGGCCUACCUGGAAAAGCUGCUCAAUGACAAAGAUCUGAUGGAAAGCAGCACACAGCAGGGGAUCAAAGUGAAGGACCUGGUUUUGGGUGGCAUUUCCUACCUGGAGACCCGCAGCGAGUUCUGGCAGCAGCAGAAGCCGAUUUAUGCCCGUGUGAGGGAGCGCAAGCUCCGGCAGCAAAGGUGGACCCGGGACAAGAAACAGAAACCCCUGGAGGUUGGCAGAUACGUUGAGAAGAACAUGGAGGACGUUGACAUGUUGCUGAGCAGUGACUCCCCUGAAGAAAGCUGCAGGAAAGCCAAGCGUGUGCUGAAAAAGAUACAAGAGUGGUCACAGGAUGAACUUCCCAACAGGAAUGAGCUGAUCGCAGACCUCUACAGCCACAUCGGGAAAGCUCAGCUAGAGAUGGGCCAGCUGGAGGCAGCUCUGGAAAGCCACAAAAUGGAUCUGGAAUUUGCCAGGCAGCAUGAUCUGCCAGAUGCUGUAUCCAGAGCCCUCGAUAACAUCGGCAGGGUUUAUGCCAGCAUCAGGAAAUUCCAGCCCGCUAUCGACACAUGGGAGAAGAAGAUCCCAAUGACAAAAUCCAACCUGGAGAAGACCUGGCUGUUCCAUGAAAUUGGCCGAUGUUACCUCGAGCUGGGUAAAGCAGAAGCAGCCCAAAAUUACGGGCAGAAGUCCCUGCAGGCAGCAGAUGAAGAGGGAGAUGCUGAGUGGCAGCUCCAUGCUAUAGUCCUCGUGGCACAAGCACAAGUGAGGUUAAAGGAUUACCGCUCUGCAAUCUUGAACUUUGAGAAAGCACUUGAGAAGGCAACACUUCUUCAUGAUGAAGCUGCUCAGAAGGCCAUCGUCAUUGCUUUAGAUGAGGUGAGCAAAAGUUUCAUGGAGCAGCUGAGCGAGAGAGGAGAAGAACCAGGAGCUUACAGCCUUAGAGAGGAUUCCAGCACCGAGAGCACCAAAGUCGACAGCUUCGAGAAGGACGCGGAGGGAGAGGCCGGUGCCCGCGGCGGAGCGCAGCGGGGACCAUGAGCGGGACGGGGGCAGGAAGGGGCGACACGGCGACAAUAAAGAGCGCCCAGCGGCGGGUGACGGUGUCGCGCUGUCGCGAUAUCGCGCUGUCGCUGCAAACACA